AUGAGCACAUGGACUCAGGAGGAGACCACAUCUCAUCUCCUGGCCUCCCAGAUGGUGGAUAAAACCGAAAAUGAGUGCUCAACAUUAAAAGAGGAAAGAAUGGAGCCUGACAGCACUGAGGGAUAUGUCCUUCAUCAUGCACCAGAUGAUAAGCAGCUCAAUCAUUUAAGUGCCAUACAGUCAACAUUGCAAGACAACAGUGCAUCAGCUGAGGUUGAGUCUAUGGAUGAAAUAAAAGAGUUUACAGAAGAAGAUCAUGAGGACCAUGAGAGAGACGAGGAAGGUUUAGCAGAGUAUCCCUCUGAUCUGUCUCAAACUGACAGUGGGGACAGCAGUGAAGGACAACCCGAUCAAAUGGACACCAAACAAGCUGAGGUGCAGGCUGUAGGCCCAGAAGAACAUCUCCAGCCAUACAGUGUUGUAACUUCAAGGAAAGAUGAUGAUGUCCAAAAGAAAGCUGAAUGUAUGGAUCCUGCACACAUGCUCACUCAUGUCAAGAAUGAAGAUCUGUAUGUGGAGACAACAACUGGGAAAUCCGAUGAUGACAUCUCAUUCCAGUCAGAUGUUGAAUAUCAUCGCGAGAUUUCAAACACUGGGGAAAGUUCUGAUUAUGGGAUCUCGGAGAAUUUCAAAUUCAAUUCCAAUGAAUCCUACAUGAAUGAGCAGCCGGACUAUGACAGUGAUUUCAGCAGUGAUGGGGACGACUACUGCAAAAACCAAGAAGAUACACCCGAUUUCAUUUCACAUACUGACACAGAGGACAAAAACACACACACCUUCACGAAGGACUUUGCUACAGACUGGCACAGUGUUGAGCACGAAGGAGUGGAUGGGGUGGGCAAAGAUAGCUUCAAACCAGAGAUGUGUGAUGUAGAAGGUUUAUCAAGUAUUCCAGCAUCUCGUGGAACUGUAGUGGAAGAUUCUUCUGAGACUGAUUCACCUGAAAACAUAAGUGUUGCGGAGUCACAUCCAUCAGUGGAAACAGACCAGAACAACAGAGAACAUAACAGUGAACAUUCAGAACUUUCAGAAACUGGAGACGUAAAUAUCAACACUCUGUUACCCGGGAUGUUUUGGUCCCAGGACAUUCUGAAGCUCGAUGAAUAUGACUGGGACAUUAAUGGAGGAGAGGUGAUCUGUGAUGAGGAGGACAAUUACCUGGAAGAGCUGGAGAAUGAUGAGGAAGACACCGAGAGAGACUGGGAGAAAGAAAAGGCAAGAAUUGAAGCAUUUAACAGAUACUACGAGUCUGUCGAAGACGAGGAAACCAAGGGGAGGAGCCACAAAGUGACAUUUUGUUUGGAGCCAGAAUCCUCUCAGUAUGAAGAGGAUAGUUACAGCAGUGAAGAGGAACCGAGCACAGUAAGUUGCAUCAGUGAGUUGCAUCCUCCAGAGUCCAGUUCAAUCAAACGAGACCAAAGCAACGAGGAAGACAGCCGUGAACCCUCACACAUCAUAGACAAUAUCAGCGCCCUUCUGAUGGAUGAGGACAACAUGAAACUUGAGGAUUAUGACUGUGAUAUUAAUGAAGAAGUUCAAGUGAACUCAGGUACAAUGAUCGGUGAUGAUGAUUACGAUUUCCUGGAGAUGCUGAAAAGUGAAAUAGAGAGGGAAAUGAAGCAGGAACAAGCGAGAACUGAUGCAUCUAACAGAUAUUAUGAAGAGGAACAAAAUGAGGGUAAGUGUGACAUUUACUAUAGAAUUUCACAGCCGUUCUAA